AUGGUUCCAAAGGGUGGCGCUGCUACGGUUACGGUCACUCGUACUGCUGCGACUGCUACGGUCACGGUCUCGAAGACGGCUACAAUCUCUGCCAGCACUGUCACGGUCUCGAAGACAGCUACAGUUUCUGCCAGCGCUGUUACGGUCACGGUCUCGAAGACAGCUACAGUUUCUGCCAGCGCUGUUACGAUCACGGUCUCGAAGACAGCUACAGUUACGGAGACUGUCACGGGUAUCAACACAGCCGCGACUGCUACUUCGGUUUCCACUAUCACCUCUACGGUCGCUGGGUCUACUGUCACUAGUACUGAUAUCUCUACCACGGUUAGCACUGUCGUGGUGUCUGGAUGGAACACUGUUACGACAUCAACCGUCACUAGCACCGUUCCGGCGUCCACUAUCACAACAACUUUGGUUUCUAAUAGCACUGUUCCGGCGUCCACUGUCAUCAGUACAUCCAUCUUCACCAGCACUGUGACGGAGACCACCACAGUCACGGAAUCUGGUACUGUGACGGCAUCUGCCACGAGCACCGUCAUCAGGACUUUGAUCUCGAACAGUACUGUUCCGGCGUUCACCAUUACCACCACAGUUGUUGCUAGCAGCACCGUUACGGAGUCUGCGACCAUUACAGCCUCGGUCUCCACUGUUACAGAGACCACCACCGUCACGCCGUCCACUCUGGCGGACACCGUGAUCUUCACGUCUACUGUCAUUGCCAGCAAUGUCAUUAUUACGCCCACGAUCACAGCUGCAGGUGUUACAGUGACUUCUACUGUUACGAGCGGAAGUGUCACCGUUACGUCCACUGUGACUGCAGGCAAUGUGACCGUCACGCCUACUAUCACUGCUAGCGAUGUCACCGUAACGUCCACUGCGCAGACCGUGACCACGACGCCUACCUUCACCGCUAGCGGCGUGAUGGUUACUCCCACUUUCACGGCAGGUAACGUCACGCUCACAUCCACCGUGGAAACGGUGGUCAUCACGCCCACCAUUACAGCAGGUAAUGUGACGCUUACAUCUACCGCACAGACCGUCACGAUCACUCCCACUGUUACCGCCAGCGGUGUCACUGUUACUCCCACUGCCACAGCGGGCAAUUUCACUACGACGGUCUUCAACACUGCUAGCGCACUAUCCACGGUGACCGUUACCAGCACCAGUUUCAUCGCUGCCAACAAUGCGACUACGACGAUUCAUGACAUUGCGUCCACCGUGACUGUCACGAGCAUCAGUGCCGCCAACAAUGCUACUACGACGGUCCAUGACACUGUGAACGUACCGUCCACGAUCACCGUCACCAGUUACAUUGCUGGCAACAAUACCACUGCGACAAUUCAUGAAACUGCGCCCACAGUGACCGUUACCAAUAUCAUUGCUGCCCACAAUGGGACUGCGACAGUCGUCGACACCGCUGUGCCAGUUACAGUGACCGUCACCAGUACCAGUAUCAUCGUUGCCAAGAAUACGACCACAACAAUUCUCGGUACCGCCGUGCCUACGACCGUGACGGUCAGCAGUCCCCAGAAUGUGACCAUAACAGUCUACGAUACAAGUCUGCCCACUUUGACGACCGUCACUGCUACUCCCAUUGCCGGGAACCUGACUACGACAAUCACUAAGACUGUACCCUCCACGGUCACCCUCACGACGACUCUCGGUCUCAACAAUGCGACCACGACGAUCUUUAACUCUAGCAGUCCUUCCACAAUCACGAUUACCGCUACUGUGCCAGCUGGGAACAUGACUACGACUAGGUUCAACAACAGCGUUCCUACGGUGACUGUCACUGCGACACUUCCCGCCCGCAAUAUGACUAUGACCAUGCUCAAUACUACCCUGCCUACGGUAACCGUCAGCGCUUGUCCAGCUGCCAGCAAUUGAACUACCUCAAUGUCCAACAGCACUGCGGUUCUUACGACGGUUACAAUGAUUGGAAACAUGACCACGACAGUCACGGAGAUGUCAACUAUCACUGGCACCCCAUCCACGGUCACCACCACUGCCACCACUGCUGCUGAAAACGGUACUAUAUCGGUCUUCGGGACUAAAACCGUCACGUACACAGUCAUUGGAAACUCGACCACGACUGUCAUCGGCAUGUCGACCAUUACUGACGUCGCUACGGUCACCAAAACCAGCACCAUGGUCUCUGAUGAGACUAUCUGGGCUACUACUACUGUGAUCGAAUCUUCGCCAGAGACUAAGAAUGCAACGACGUUUUCAACCUCCACUUCUAGAGCCCUUCGCGGGAAAUGGUGAGGAGUCUCGUGGUUUUUGAAGGUGCAUCAUCAUAAUUGUCAUUUACGGGAUUGAGAUUUUAUCAGGAAAGAAGAUCAAGGACAAUUUAGGGAAGUCGUAUAGCUAUACUCAUUGACCAG